AACUAUGAUACCUCAUAGGUGCUGUUCGAAAGAAACCACGAGAUAGAAAUAUUAAGUUCUCAUGUUUUCUAAUUAUACGAUCGAUUUAGCACAAAUGGAACACAAAUGGUUCUUAUGUACAUUCAGGCGCGUAAUAUUUCAUAUUAUUUAUAGAUUAAGUACAUUAAGCACGUAUAUCACAAUCAGCAUUUUUAAUAUUGGUUGAUUUAUAAGAACUUCUUACAGAUUAAAAUAAUUCAUAUAAAAAUGUCACAAUUGGAGCUAGAUCCUCAAUUUACACAGGGUUUACACCUUCUACAUUCUACUAAUAAAGAUUCUGCAGAACAGCUGCGAGCACUUUUAGAUGAAGCAAUCAAACAAAAAUAUGGGCCAUCAAAGAUGUUAUCGAAUGUAUUACACAAAAAGUAUAUGAUGGAGGAACCGGUGCUGAGUGAUCAUAGUAGCAGCAGUAAAAAAAGCAAAAGCUCCUCUUCUUCUUCCUCCAAACAUUCAAGUAAAUCGAGCAAAAACAGCUCUCCUGUGAAUUUACCAACUCGUGACACACCACCUGAUAUUAUCCAGACUGAUAAUACUCUGGCAUUAGAAAUAUUAGAGGAUGAUCUGACAUGUGUUAUUUGCAAAGGAAUGGAUGUUGGAGCAAGAAACAGACUUGUUGAGUGUUCAGAAUGUCAUUCCUUGUACCAUCAAGAGUGUCAUAUUCCACAUAUUUUAGAUUCUCAAAUAGAUGUUCCAGGACUGGUGUGGUAUUGUUCAAACUGUUCCAAAUCACAGGUUUCAAAAGAAAGGAGCUCACCAAAAACAGUGAUAGAAAAUAAAUCUAAAGAACAAAAAAAAUCUAAUUCAGGUGGUGGAAACAAAGUAACGCCAAACAUUCAUAUUAUAAGUGCAGAUAGAAGACUAAAAGAUAUGAUGAAAAAAGCUAAACAAGAUAAACGAAGCACAAACACUACUCAGAGUUCAAAGAAUUCUCGGUCCAGUUCACCAGCGAUGUCUUCAACAAAAUCUCAGGAAAAAUCAUUACUGUACAAAAUCAAGUCAGGUGUAGAAUGAAACUCUUGCUCAUACGAAUAUUGUGAUAAUAUUGUAUAAUAUAAAAAAGACCUAAACAAAUUUUAUAAUUUCAACAUUACAAGUUGAUUAGCUAAUUAAAAGAUAGUCAUGAUCGAUGCGUUAAUAUGUAUAUUCUGAUAGCAAAAUUAAUAUAUUUUGCCAAAGAUAGUAUAAAUAAUCUUUAAGUAGAUAAUAUUAAUUUUAUAUACCGCAGCAAUUCCCAA